UCACAAAACAACUUAGACACUGGAGAGCUAGAACAAUGGCCCACAUGCAGGUCAUGGGAGAUGAUUUUUCAGCUGGAUACACCCUCUUUACUGAGGAUAAUAUUCAGAAAAUUUAUCUUGAUCCUGAUGUGUUCUUUCAGAGUCAGAGUCAAAAAGAGAUUUCCUUCUCACCUCAGACCAGCUACACUCAACUACUAGAUAUUUACUCUGAGGAAUAUAAAAAUGGUGAAGAUCAAUACGAGUAUCGAGGCGCUGAUUUGGGUGACGACCUUCCCAAUGAUGACCCAGAUGAGCCGGAGGACGAAGGAACAGGCAUGCCUCACUCCAAAGUGACUGUCAUGAGACAUGUUCCGCAAAAGCCGGGUGUUUUUGAAAAGUGCGGCAUGACUAUAACUGGGUUGCUGUUCAUGGUUUCAAUAGGGUUUAAGGCAGCUGCAAGUGUGAGGGUAAGCAAUGAGUUAGGUGCCGGACACCCCAAGUCGGCAGCAUUCCCCGUCUUCAUUGUGAACCUGAUAUCUUUCAUCAUCGCCGUAGUGGAAGCUGCUCUCGUGCUAGCUCUGCUCCACAUCAUUAGUUACGCCUUCACCAGUGACAAGACCGUUGCUGAGGUCGUAUCCAAUUUGUGCCCACUUCUCGCUAUCACUCUUGUUCUCAAUGGGGUUCAGUCUGUCCUGUCUGGCGUGGCUGUUGGAUGUGGAUGGCAAACCUUUGUGGCAUUUGUAAAUGUAGGAUGUUAUUAUGUUGUUGGGAUUCCUUUGGGAUGUCUUCUUGGUUUCAGGUUUGAUCUCGGCACAAAGGGAAUAUGGUCAGGGAAUAUGGUCAGGGAUGAUGGGAGGAACGAUGAUGCAGAUCAUCAUUUUACCGUGGGUUACAUUUCGAACAGACUGGAACAAAGAGGUGGAGGUAUCAAGGAAGAGGUUCGAUAAAUGGGAGGACAAGGAGCCACUUAAUAAAAACUGAUAGUAAUUUGCAAGCAGCAUUUUUAAUGCAGAAAUGAGUGUGAAACAUUGACAAAGACCCAUGGUUGUGUUACGAUAUAAUACUGAAAUGGGUCUUUGCUUAGGUGUCAAUUUCUUUGUUUAUGUGUCAAUUUAUUGUUUACGUAUCUACCAAAUAAUAUGCAGUUUUAGUUUAAUAGUUGACAAAGUCCAAGUUUGUUACUUAGUGGAGAUACAAUUCCUUGUUUUUAGAGAUAAGAGUACUUUCUUGUUAGCAGAUCGUGUAGUCAUCGUGUCUUUGUAUUGUGCAAUCUGUUGCUCUACAUUUUCUAUUUAAAUGGGCACAGAUCAGUUGAAUAAACAUCUUCAAUUUCA